CUUCCCGUCCUUUCCAUUUCAGUAUCAGCUGAAUCUACCCCGACGUGUUCUAGUGCAGCACUUCAGAAUAGGUGUCUGAAGUCUAGUAGAGCUCAUUGAGUUGGAAGAGAAUGACGUCGAUCUCGAGUCGAAGACUUUCCAAGGAGCUCAUGGAAAUCCAAAAUGGCGGGUGUCCUGUUGGUAUUGACCUAGAGAAAGCAGAUGACUUCCAAUGCUGGCGUUUCAGCCUUGAAGUUAUGGGAGAAUCCCUUUACCAGAAUGAGAAGUUCACUUUACAAUUCAGAUUCGACCAACAAUACCCCAUAUCAUCACCUGCCGUUCAGUUCGUUCAGACCGAAGGAAGACAGAUACCCGUCCAUCCACACGUUUACUCUAACGGUCACAUCUGCGCUUCGAUCCUUGGUAACGAAUGGUCUCCCGUCUUGAGUGUUAUCGCUGUUUGCGUUACACUGCAGAGCAUGCUUGCAUCUUGCCGGGAGAAACGACGACCAAUUGACAACGACCGGUAUGUCAAGCAUGCUCCAGAUAACCCUAAGAAGACGCAAUUCCAAUAUGACGAUGACACGGUAUAACAGCACACGACUCUGUAUUUAGCAACUAAUGUAUUUAUAUGGAUGUAGGGUAGUAACCUCUACAAGUAUUCAUCUCGAAACA